GAGCGGCAGAAACAGGCAGCGAGUCCAUUCAGUGAAAAAUGCAGCAAAUCAACACCAAACAGAAAUGAACUGGACAAAGUCAGGCUCCUGGCCUGUGGGACUCUGGUGCUGAAUGGACAAAGCUACCUCAGCAAAGGGAGGUUUCACAGAGAAGAGGAUCUCUCCUUAGGGGAUGGCUGUGGAUGGUAGGGAACCUGAGAGCUUUCCAGGAGCCCUGACAAGGUGUGGAAGUGCCUCUGCAGGAUACAGCAGACCCAGCGACGAUGACGGGGAAGAUUCCCUCAUUCUCCCCUGGCUCUGUAACGAGCUCUUCUCUGCCCGGAUACCUCACGCUCUGCCUUGCUCUGCAAGUUCACAGACUGGCCUCAGAACAGUUCACAGUGAGGGGUCCUGACAGCCCAGUUACUGCCUCCCUGGAUGGGGAGGCCGUCCUGCCCUGCCACCUCUCCCCUAGCAUAAGCGCUGAGAACAUGGAGGUGAGAUGGUUCCGGUCCCAGUACUCUGCAGUCGUGCACCUGUACCGCAACAGGCAGGAUCAGUAUGUGCAGCAAAUGCCGGAAUAUCGAGGGAGAACGGAGCUCUUGAAAGACGAUAUCAGCAGUGGGAGAAUUUCCCUAAGAAUAUAUGAUGUCCGACCCUCUGACCAUGGUCAGUACACGUGUCUUGUUCAGUCCAGAGUCUCUUCUGAAGAAGCUUUAUUGGAACUACAAGUGGCAGGUAUGGGCUCUGAUCCUGACAUCUCUCUGGAGGGACAUCGGGAUGGAGGGGUCCAGCUGGGGUGUCGAUCAUCUGGAUGGUACCCACAGCCCGAAGCUGAGUGGAGAGACCAGCAGGGGCAGCUCUUACCAUCAGCCUCAGAAAGCAGCUCCCAAGCAGCUGGUGGCCUGUUUCAAACAGAGAUUGCCACUGUUCUAACAGACAUGUCCAACCAGAAAGUGUCCUGCCACGUCUGGAACCCCCGACUUGACCAGGGCAGAGAGUCAGCGGUUUCCGUAGCAGAGCUGUUUUUCCCGAAGGACAACCCCUGGAUGGUGCCCUUGGGGGUGAUCCUGCCUCUCCUGGCUGGUCUCAUUGCCCUGGCCAGUUACUGCUACUGGAGGCAGCACCAAGGAAAAGAGACCCUGCGAUCUGCCCUGGACAGUGAGAAAGAGACCCUGCUGUCUGACCGGGACAGAGAGAAAGAGGCCCUGCAGGCAGCGAUGGAGAGGCAGACAGCGGAAUACGAGGCAGCCAGAGGACUCACCAGAGCCCAAGGAUACGCAG